AUGCCUUUCUCUUCUGUCUUUUGCAGGGAAGAGGUCACAUAUGAGGAAGAGGAGGAGGAAGAAUGUGUGGAGGAGGAAACGGAAGAAACCGCAGCGGAAGUCGAAAUGGAACCAGAACCUCCCAUCCCGGAGCCCCCCAAGUCUGCCCCUCGACCUCCUCCCCCGGCAGUCGCCCCUCCUCCUCUCCGUCGAAAAUCCUCUGCUAAUUAUCGAGCCUAUGCUGUCGAGCCACAUGAUAAGAGAAAAUCCAAGAUAACGGCUUCUCGGAAAUUGCAGCUCAAGACCCUGAUGCUUCAGGUGGCAAAGCAAGAAAUGGAAAAGGAGGAAGAAGAGAGUGCGCGGGAGAAAGAGCGAUACCUUGCGGAUCACUGCAUUCCCAUAGACUGGACAGGCCUGGAUCUUGCAGGGUUGAAGGAGAUGUGCCGAGAGUUCCAUGCGCGAAUCGACAAGGUGGACGAGGAACGCUACGACAUGGAGGCGCGGGUCAACAAGAACAUUAACGAGAUCCAAGAUUUGAACCAGAAGAUCUUCGACCUGCGAGGCAAAUUCAAACGCCCGGCCCUUCGCCGUGUGCGGCUCUCGGCCGACGCCAUGAUGCAGGCCCUGCUGGGCUCCAAGCACAAAGUCUCCAUGGAUCUGCGGGCCAACCUGAAACAGGUCAAGAAAGACGACACGGAGAAGGAGAAUCGGGAAGUGGGUGACUGGAGGAAGAACAUCGAUGCGCUGAGUGGCAUGGAGGGGCGCAAGAAGAAAUUUGAGGCAUCAACUGCAGGGCAGGCCUGAGUCCUGAGGUGGGGAAAACAGCCGCCCUGUGUGAAUUAUAGAUGGAGGAUACUAUGCUAGGCAGUGUG